UUUCCAGGUGAUUUCUGAAGUAUGGUUGACCACAAUAAUUCCUCCUGCGAUCCAAUAUGGACACCCCAUUUAACCACACUCUACUGUGUAGUGCUCAUUGGAGGCCUACUGGGCAUCAUCUCCAUUCUGUUCCUGCUGGUGAAAAUGAACACCCGGUCUGUGACCACCACAGCUGUCGUUAACUUGGUGGUGGUCCACAGUGUUUUCCUGCUGACAGUGCCUUUUCGCUUGACCUACCUCAUCAAGCACACUUGGACAUUUGGGUUGCCCUUCUGUAAAUUUGUGAGUGCCAUGCUGCACAUCCACAUGUACCUUACUUUCCUGUUCUACGUGGUGAUCCUGGUCAUCAGGUACCUCAUCUUCUUCAAGCGCAAAGACAAAGUGGAAUUCUACAGAAAGCUGCAUGCAGUGGCUGCCAGCACUGGCCUAUGGGUGCUGGUGAUUGUCAUUGUGGUGCCCCUGGUUGUUUCUCAGUAUGGAACUUACAAGGCUUAUGAUAAGCAGCACUGUUUUAAAUUCCACGAAGAACUUGAUCGUGCAUAUGUGCAAGUCAUCAACUAUAUGAUAGCCAUUAUUUUUAUAGCCAUUGCAGUGAUUCUCUUGGUCUUCCAGAUCUUUAUCAUUAUUCCGAUGGUGCGGAAGCUGCGCCACUCCCUACUAUCCCAUCAGGAGUUUUGGGCCCAAUUGAAAAACCUAUUUUUUAUAGGAGUCAUUGUAAUUUGCUUCGUUCCCUACCAGUUCUUUAGGAUCUAUUACUUAUACUCUGUGGCACAGUCAAGUGACUGCAACAACAAUGUUACAUUUUAUAAUGAAAUAUUCUUGAGUGUAACAGCAAUUAGCUGCUUUGACUUGCUACUCUUUGUUCUUGGGGGAAGCCACUGGUUUAAGCAAAAGAUAAUUGACCUAUGGAAUUGCCUUUUGUGCAGUUAGCCACCAACUACAGUAUUCGGAAUUACUUCCUUUAUAUUAGGAGUGAAAAUGGACACAGGAGGUAGGAAUGGUUAUUUCAAUUACUUGAUUAAAACCAUGCCUUGAUGCAGUUAAUCAAAAGUACUAUAAAAUGUAAUUAAUUCCAGUCCUUAUAUAAUUCAUAGCAUCUCCAAAUGAUGCCUGUACAAAGACUAAUGAUAUUGAGCCUAUCUGGAGUUAUAAUACUGCAUAAUUUUACAAUAAAAAAUGUCUACUUGGCCUAUCCAGGCACCAUGGGUCUAAAGGUUUCUAAGUUUUACUAAUUUAUUUUAGACUGGACUCAGCCCUCUAGUUCUUUUCAUUCCACUUAACUUUAGAUAAAUUAAUCCUAGCCAAGAUUUGGCUCAGAAAACACAAGCUCUAUUUGGCUUUCUAGAAAAGAUACCCAUUCAACUCACACCCUGAAAAAAGAAGUUAAGAGAGAAUAGUAAGAAACUUUUCUAGAUCAUCACAACUUUGGUGGGAAGUUGCUUCUCUAGAAAUCAAGAGAAAAAGAACUCCUUAUGGCAUUUUGCUAUAACAAGGUUUUCUAGAUUUGUCCUAUAAAGGUCAAAUCUAAGGACAUGAGAUCAAUUCUCUCAGUAUCUCCAAAAAUCAUUCAAAAGCUUAUUGAAUAUGUCUAAAUAAUGGUGAAGGUAUAACUUAGAAAAUAUUUCUGACCAAUAUGCUGCUAGGCAUUAAAGUGAGUUCCCAAGGGAAGUGAUUAAAUUUUUUUUCUUUUCUAUUUUUUCAACAAUUUCUAGCUGUCUUGGGUCACAGUUAAUUUAGAUUUUCCUUGGAUACAGAAGGCUAUACUGAAAUCUUUAGAGUUCCCUUCCACCCUUAAAGUUAUGUGUCUUUAUUUUCCUCAGUUUCAUAAUCUUGAAGGAACUGAGCCAGUUUCAUUAUUUAAUGCUUCAGGAAACCUGAAGCAAUUCAUGGUAAUUUCAAAAGAUUAAAAUUAAUUAAGGUAACUUUUUUCCCAAGCAAGGUAAACGUUCAAGAUUUAAAGAUUCUUCUUAAUUUGUUAUAUUCUACAAUCCACAAAUUCAUCUGAUGAGUAAGAAAUCCCUCUGUGAGUUUCUAUAACCAGUAAAAUUACUGAGUCAUAGAAAAUAAUUAUGAGGAAGAAAAAGCAGCAACAUGCUAUAUAGAUGAACUAUUCCAAAAUUUUCCUAUUUUAACUUUAUCUGUCCUGUUCUCCUUUUUAAGUUAUAUUUCUUUUAUUUCCUUGUCUUCUUCUCCCAUUUCUUUAGUAUUUCUUUCUCACUUUGACCCAUAACAUUUGUAAGAAAAUUUCUAACACCCAAAAAAGUUUUAAGAAAAUUUUUAACACCCUUGAAAUCCAUAAAAAAAUUAUAGUAAAAUAUUAAAAAAUUUUAAUUUAUGGGAAUUACAUAAAUUUCUCUUCUUAUAUAUCUAUGUCUUACUAUCAUAACCUCUGUUACCUAAUAGAUUGUAUUAUAAUCUCUUCCAGAUUUUAAAUAUGUUGAAUUCAGGCAGUUAUUCUUUCCUCUGUUUUAUUAUGCAUUAUAUAUAAUGAGGGCCUAUUUCUGUGGACCUAUAGGGGAUAUUAACCAGUACAUAG